AAAAGAAAAAGGUGCCGUGAUUCAGCGCGCGCGGACGCUCGAACGCGCCUCCUGAUUUAUCGGCGCUCCUUUUGGAUUUUCUUAUUUCUCAUUCUAGCUCGUGCCGGUGCGUCGUCACCGUGACGUGGCAAACCAGCCUCGUUCACGCCACGAAAGCUCCCGGAUUUCUCUCGCUUGUAAUAAUCACAACAGUUCUGUCACCAAAAACACCUUCGGUGAUGUCGGGUUUCAUCGAGACGCAUCGCCUGACAGCUCUGAAUCGGACCUUUUCAGGCACAUUUAUUCAUCGUGUUGUCUGUAGAAUUUCAGAUAGUAGUGAAAAUACAUGUUUUAACUAACCGGAUAAAAAGCCUGUACACACUGUAAAAGUUGGCAUUUUAUUUUAUGCUGGUUUUUAUUUUAUUUUAUCCUGCUGGUUAGAGAUUUAUCCUCUUCCAGGUCAUGUCAUUUAAGAUCAACAGUCUGCAUCACUCACAUCACAAACUAAAUACUACCAGGUGUCAACAUCCAUCUCAACUCUCUUGAAUCCUCGUCUUUUUGGGUGAGUCCAACCCGGCGACAUCUGACACCCUGAGUGACGAGGCUCGUCUCGCCAUCGCCACGCCCACUUUUGUCUCCCGCUGCUUGUUUUUGCCUCAAUGAAUACGCUCAUUGAGGCAGACCUGAGCUAAAGCGGCGUCCGCAGCACGAGAUGCCGAGGUGUUUUUGGUCGCGGAUGAACUUUGAGCUCCGUCGCACGUCGACCUCCUCUUCUUCCGGAAAAUGGCAGGUUGUCCCCACGGCGGCCCCUUUUGGCCACGGCGCCGUCAUCCAACGCCAUUCCUCGGGCUUCAAAAGCGGCCCGUGUUUGCGUGCGUGCGCGCUCUCAGCUGGGCCGUAAUCUAACACUGCGAUUUAGGGACUACGGGAGUGCAGACGGUACGGUGUUAACAUACCUCGACAGGAUAAACACGGCGGCCCGCUCCCACACUUGGACUGCUGGUACACCUCCAAACCCGCCGGGGGCCUCCUGGAGGAUUGCGGGCGCGGUGGGGGGGGUCAGGUGUCGUGUUAUGUCGGUGUCGCCUGCCACAGUGCGUGAAUCCUCAAGGUCGCACUUUGCUCUUGAGAUAUUUGUCGAGCGUGUUUUUCUUUUUUUAAUUCAGCAUGGUAGUUCUAGAGCUCCGCGGCCUUCCUCUCCGGGCCGCCGGUGGAGUAAGAGGGCGUCGUCCUCGCGCACAGAGAUACACCAAACAGCGACCCGCCGCCAUCAGCUGCGGAGCGCCAAUCGAGGCCUUUGAGGAGGCGGAUGCCGCGAGAAGAACGCGUCUGAAAUGCGUCUUGGUCGGCUCGGGUGGACAUUGUUGUUUUCUGUAACUUCCCCACCGGGUCGGCGGGAAACACUUUUGUCGAUUUGAAAGCGCUUUGAAAUCGCUGCGUUGGAGGAGCGCCGCCGUCUCUUUGGACGAGAGGGCCCUUUGAUCAGCGCGCCGGGCGUUUGAUGCCGUCAGGCGAGCGGCGUCCUCUCUUGCGGUAUUUAUUCAGCGCUCCGCCGCAGACGCGGCGUUAAUGCAGCGUUGAACAAGCGAGCUUUGCAUGAUGUUAUGAGAACGACCUCCGUGGGGGGGGGGGGGGUCACCUCACCGUCGACCCUGAAGACGUUUCUUCUGUCUUUCCUCUUCUGUCUCUUCUGUUGCUGAAUGAUUCCUCCCAAGAAACCGAGAGCUUUUGUGUGAUAUUUGUCAGCUGGUCUGCUUCCCAAAUGACCACAGCUAGCCUUUGAAACGCCACCGCUGCCGCGGUUACCUGGUUACCUCUCUUCUGUUUUUGUGUGUGCGGUGAAUAUUUGAAUUGUUCCUUCUGCAAGUUGGCAGAUCGUCAGGAGGGAAGAAGUGGGUCCUGAGUGCUGUUAGCCGUGCUUGUGGUCAACAGUAGCUGCUAAUUGAUCCAUGACCACUGGUCAUUCACGCUACUUUCCCCUUCUGCCCAACAGCCUGAGGCCGCGUGUGUGUGUGUGUGUGUGUGUGUGUGUGUGUGUGUGUGUGUGUGUGUGUGUGAAAUGUGUUAUUACACUAUUAGCCUCUGAUAUGUUGAAAUGUAGGUCAAAGCUGUGUUCAUAGUGUGUGUGUGUGACUGUGUGUCUUUGUGUGUUCCAGCACCGUGUUACCAUGUGACCCAGUGGUUGUCAGAGAGACUUAGACAAGUGUGCAUCUUUCUCACACACAGAUACACACGCAGCGGACUUGUGUGUGUGUGUGUGUGUGUGUGUGCGUGUGUGUGUGUGUGUGUGUGUGUGUGUGUUUUGUCAGGCAGGUAGCAAUGAGCCAGUGUGGCAGUUAAACGUCAAAGGUGCAUCUAGUCUGCAGAUCGAAUCCAACUCUGCUUCAUAAUGUGGAACUCAACUCACCACAGCAGGCCGUCUUCUCUCUGCAGCAAACAAAGCCGUGGGGUCAGAGGUCAGAGUGCAGGUCGCUCGCAGGGAAAUGCUCCAGAACCCGGCAGCAGCAGUAACGUUUCUCACAAAAUCUUAUGGUCAUUUUUAUUUCAACCUUUUUAAUGACCAGAUGAAUUCUCAGAACUUAGUUUGAAGCUGGUUUUAGUAGGUUUUAUAUCCUUUGGGUUUUAUUACUGAGAUUUAAAUAUUAAACCCCUUUGGUUUAAAACACUUGUUGAAGGCUCAACUAUUGACCACGUGGCUGCUGCAUUAAACACAAAAUGAGUUAAAAAUGAAGUUAUUCUUCUUCUUCGUAUUUCAAAACAUGAAUACUGCAGUAUUCAUAAUCUCAAACAGAAAGAAGUAUGCCGGAUGUCAGCGUUGAGCAGGCUUUGCUUAUUCAUUUUAUUACUGCUUAUGUACUCGGUUAGACUCGCCCUGAUGUUAAAGCCACCGUCAGUAACUUUUCUCUGCCUCUUAAUAUAUCUUAAUAUUGUUGCGUCAGCAUGACCUUCUUAAGCAAACCAGAAGAUGCUCUAUUUCUACAUAUUUAUCCUCCGUGCUCGUCAGCGGUGCGUGAUGAAACGCUGUGGCCUCACUGGAAACCAGACCAGGGCCUCGUGAACGCUGUGACCAUGAGGGAUGGGGGGGGGGGGGCACUACCACUGGCCUCCACAUGGAGCGCCAAAAUCCACACCAUCCAACAAAAGCAAAGUUGCUCUUUGAAUAGGCUUUUCCUUCCUUCACAGAGACGCUUCGGUGUGCGUCUCUCCGCCUUUCUGCUGCUCUCUCGGCGUUCUACACAACCGAAGGCUGCUUCCUUUCGCCGUUAUUCGUCACACUUCUAAUCGGCUCACGGCGGCGCAUCGAAUGAGGCACAUUUCUCGUCUGGAAGGUCGAGGAUAGUUUGCGCGAGGCCGCGGGCGUUUGAAUCAAAGCCUCAUCGUGGCUGGCGGCGUGUGAGGAAGUGAUCUCCUCCAGACUAAGAAGCGCCGUGUAAAAGAUUCCUUCUCGAGGGUUUAUCUGUUCCCCGAGAGAAAACACCAGAAUAUAACUUGAGCAUCUUAAUUAGAGUCACAUCCUCAACUCGAUGAAUCAGACGGCAGGAUAUUUAUAUACAUAAAAUCCGAGAUCAGCUUUAAUCCGUACCUCCUCACCCCCUCACCUCCUCACCCGCCAGUGUUCUUAUGACUCACGAUGAACUGCUCACACAGACGAGUUAGCGACACUUGACUUCUACACGAGGUCGUCGGGCCGGACAGCAGCUAGAUAAUGAAAAUCCGUCGUUAUCAGGUUUGCGGUACAAUCUUCAGCGCUACACAAAGGUGCCGCCAUGCUUUGACCCCCCCCCUUUGAAACGUCAGCCGAGCACUUUGUUUCCGCUUUGGUCGUCGCGCGGAUUCAAAGCAGCCGCGACGUGUUGACGAGUGAGCUUCAGCUCUCGUGGCCCAAAGCGAAGCGCCGUGAAGUUUCUCCACGUUCUCUGCAGUUCCUGCUAUUCUCUGCUGAAGGGCCAACCUGCUCAGACAGAGAGAGGAGGUCCGAGGGGGGUCUGAUGGAGCACCUGAGCCCGGCAGGAAGCAGCUGGAGGGUCCUGAUUGCUGUGCUGUGGACACACACAAACACACGCGCACAAAACAGACUCACAAUCCCGGAAACACGUCAGGCAUCGGUGACUCAGCAGGGCGCGUCAAAGCGAUCCGCGAUGCGGUUAAUAAUCACACGCUCCCAUGUCAUAUAUGUGUGUGUGUGUAUAUAUAUGAGAAUGAACACACACGUGGCAGAUGCUGCGUCCAUUCUGCAGGAGGAGCUGGCUACAAAGCCAGGGGCUUUCCUGAGCACGUGUGCGCGUGCACGUGGUGUGCGUGCUCGUCCAGAGGUUGCUGGCUGUGUGAAGGCGAGACGGCCAUGGAAACGCAGUGCGGCGUGCCAGAGUAAGAAAGCCCCGCCCCCCCCCCCCGUCUGACCUCAUGAUGUUGACUUCAGCGACGAGCCUCGGUGCUUUGACAGUUAACAACUUCCAGGCCUGUUCUCAUCCUCAUGUCGUCGUUUCUAUUUCACUGGGAGCAACUGGCCCGAGCUGUGGCGUCUUACCGCGUUAUUAUUAAUAAAUACAAACAAUAACAAACCCACAGCAUUGAAGAGAGGCUUUAUGACACAAACUGGUUUAAAUACUGUUAACAGCGUGUAAAGAUCACCUCAAACUCGUUUUUCUCUCUUUAGAAAAGGAAGGAAGGAAGGAAGGGAAGGAUGGAAGGCAACAGGAAGCAGGAGGAUUUAUGGGAAAUGUUCUCUUCAUUAUAGAAACCUUUGAACUAUUUUCAGCAUUGACUCAUCUGCUGAUUGGUUAUAAAUGAUGUCAUCUAUACAAAGUCAAGUCAAAACCCCCUAAAGGUUUUUUUUUUGGUCACAUUUAUUAAUAAAAAGUGAUUAGAAAUGUUUUGAUUAAUAAUAAUAAUAGAGAAUAAUCUAAACAUCUAACAAGGAUCAUUUCAAACAAACGUCCUAAGAGGAGGAAUUCAUGAAGUGACAGAGAAAUUAAUAUUACUCGUGAGAUAUUUUAUAUUUAAACCCCCCCCAAAAAUAGUUCAUAUGAAAUGAAGCUCUCUGUUAAGUUAACACACGCUAACGCUGUAAAAAGCUGCUCGUGUUACCUUUUAGCUGGACAGACUUCCUCCCACAACUUAAGCCAGCUGCAACAACAUGGAGGCGGAAACUUGCGCCUGUCCCUUUAAGGGGGCGGGUUCUCCCUGCAGCUGCUCGCCACGGUAAAUUCUGCUCACAUCUAGUAGCAGACAGACAGCUUUAGCGAGGUUCACUCUAGUGACACCCCCCCCCACCACACACACACACACACACACACACACACACACAGUGGGGGAAUUGUCUGUUAGGGGCUUGGCAGAUGUCCCAUGCUGCACAGCUGCACCGUGUCAGUACACACACACACACACAUUUACCACACACUAGCUGUGGUGGCGUCACGCUGAGUGACGGCGUUGUCACCCGCCUCUCUCUGGCUUUUCAAUGAGGCGUCGUACCUCUUUCAUUGGCUCAUCAGGCCGGCCCAACAUGUGAUGUCACCCUGUGUUCCUACCUGGGAUUAGCACAGCGUUAGCUGCGAAGGUGCUUUAGCCUCUUGUUAUUAAGACCUGGAGCAACAACGCGCGGUGGCCGACCUUUGACCCAGAGGCCAGGCCAUGAGGUCCAGUCAGGGGGGUGUCGUGGUGCGUCAGACGCACAUGACCCCCCCCCCUCCACCCCCCCGACCAGGGUCACAUGACCUGCUUUGGGCCUGCUGCCGGCGUGCUAAACCGCAGCUGCUGUAUUCUGUUGUUUAUUUUAACACUUUGUAGGCAGUAAUUAUUUAGUCCUCGUCUAAUCAUUGAAUGAAAAGCAAAGUUGUUUACCGGCGGGGUCGCGCUGGGGUCUCUUUUAAGAAAAACAAAUCUGUCUGAGUAUCUAAUUAAAUGAAGGUCAGAUCAAAUAAAGUCCGACGAGGCGGACAGGAUAUUAUAAAUUCCAUCCGCACUCUCUCUGUAACGUGUCCCUAGUUUUAAUUGAGGGGACGGGGAGGGGUAAGGGGGGCUAACUCAGUUAGCCGCAGUCGAUUUCUCCCCCUCUUUGCAGAGAACACACGGUCUCGCCUUUCGUGGCAUUAUCGCGUACGACGUCUUAAAGUGGCUGCAAAGCGAAGCAGCAACCACAGAGGAAAUGUGGACGAGUGACAGCGAGGAGUAAUCACAGAUCCCUGACGGAGGGAGGAAUGCUGCCGUCUAGACCUCUCUCUCCCCCUCUCUCUCUCCCCCCUUCCCUUUCUACCUCUCCCAUCUUUCCUACUCUGCUCCGCGGUGCCCCCUGUCUGUUGUCAUGGCAACUGCUCUCAACAGAGCAGAGGAGGCGCGUGAUGAUGGUGACGACGAUCAUUAAUCUCGGUGAUUUUCUGCAGUCAGGCUCCACCGCGGUCACGUGUGCUCAGCUGAUCGGUGUGGUGAAAGGUCGUGGUGGUGGGCGUACCCGGCACCAGGGCUUCAUUUAUAGGCAGAGUGAACUGAAAUCAGACCCAAGUGAGGCCGGCGUUCAAUUCUUGCUUAACGCCGUUUAAAUAAACAUUAGAAUCCACCAAUUUACUUAAUGCACAUUUUCAAGCGGUAUUAUCAGCCUAAAGAGACUCGAUCUUCAGGCUGAGUUUAAGCUGCAGGGAUUUUUGCUCAAAUCUGUAAAAGAAGAGAAGACUCGUUCUCGGAUUGAAGGAAUUAUUAUUUAACCACAAUUCAUACAAGUGAAGUGCAAUAAAAACCGCAGACUCAAAUGUGACAUGUUCAAUGUGUCGUACUGGAGCUCAGCUGCUUGCCGCCAUUGUUAAGAACCGACCGACGGCCCCUGAAGGUGUCCCUGAAGGUGUCCCUGAAGGUGUCCCUGAAGGUGUCCCUGAGUGACCUCCCUGUAGUGGGAGGUGCACAGUAAUGCAGUAAUGUUGGGGGGGCUCGACUGGGAAGGUUUGGGGGGGGGGGCGACUCGGCCUGCGAGCCACCUCGAGUCAGUCUCUCUCUCUCUCUGCCUCUCUGAUCGAUCCGGAUGUGAUCGAUCUCCCCCCUCCUCCCACGCACACGCACACCCUGUGUGCACACCUGCAGCAGCAACAGCGUCGUCUGUGCAGCGCGCGUCACCCCUGACGGGAGUGACAGACUUCAACAAUGGCCUGGAGGCCAGUUCGGACUCGGAUGACGAGGACAAGCUACACAUCGUGGAGGAGGACAGCCUGCAGGAGCCCGAGGCCGCCGCCGCCGCCGCCGCCGCCGGGGCCAAAGCGAAGACAACAACGACGACGACGACGUCGACAGUAUUACCGCAGUGUAACGGCUCAGUGAACGGAGUGAAGGAGGAGUACGUGUCCGAAGCGGAAGAGGAGCCGGAGGAGGGCACUCUGGCGUACGAGAUCCUCCAGCACCGAGGCACGGCCGUCAUCUACCCUCUCGCCCCGCAGGACGAGCAGAGUCCAGCGGAGACGGGGGGCGCCGACGAAAACGGCACCCCGGACUCCUUCCCCCAGUUGCACACUUGCCCCUACUGCUCCCGGGGCUACAAGCGCAACGCCUCGCUGAAGGAGCACAUCAAGUACCGCCACGAGACCAGCGACGACAACUACAGCUGCGCGCACUGCAGCUACACCUUCACCUACCGCUCGCAGCUGGAGAGGCACAUGAGCCACCACAGGGGCACCAGGGACCAGCGGCACGUGUCCCAGUCGACAGGUGGAUCGGGAGGAACGGGCGGGAUCCGCAAGUUCAAGUGCACCGAGUGUUGCAAGGCCUUCAAGUACAAGCACCACCUGAAGGAGCACCUGCGCAUUCACAGCGGUGAGAAACCGUACGAAUGCUCCCACUGCAAGAAGCGCUUCUCCCACUCGGGCUCCUACAGCUCCCACAUCAGCAGCACCAAGUGUUUGGGCGCCGCCGCCCCCGACGACGUCCCUCGAACGGCCAUCAAACCCCCGCCGCCCACCGCCCAGGCAGCACCGGCUACAACCGCGGCGCCCCGCGUGCUUCUUAAAGAGAAGGCCGAAAGCAAGCCCCUCCAGGAGCAGCUCCCCGUCACCCAGAUCAAGUCCGAACCGGUGGAAUACGAGUGCAAGCCCGCGAUCGCCGCGUCGGCGACUCCCGCCGGCGGGGCCAACGGGGGCGGGGCGGCACAGCCGGCCGCGGCUCCGGCCACGACCCCCGCGCAGGGUGUGGCCAUGGUGGUCCCGACGGUCGGCCUCAUGUCGCCCAUCAGCAUCAACCUGAGCGACCUGCAGAACGUGCUGAAGGUGGCGAUGGACGGGAACGUGCUGCGGCAGGUGCUGGGCUCGGCCAACGGCGUGGUGACGCAGGGGAAGCAGGGGAUCGUGGUGCAGCAGCCGCAGCAGCAGAUCAUCAGCCUGCCGGCCUUUGUGGACCACGACGGCACCACGAAGAUCAUCAUCAACUACAGCAUCGGCCCCGCGGCCGCCACCGCCGCCACCACCCUGACCGCCGCGCUCGUCGCCAAGACCAACCCCGCCCCCGUGCCCGCCGCCCCCACGCCCACCAAGACGGUCAAGCCCUCCGCCCCGGAGGCGGCCGACCUCUCGGCCGUGAAGGCGGAGCCAGAGUCGGUGGCCAUCGGCGACGCGGAGACGGGAAGGACCCAAAAGGCCCGGCUGCCUAAAGCCAACAGCUCCAGUACCUGCGUGCUGUGCGACGACUGUCCCGACAACCUGGAGGCGCUGCACCUCCUGCAGCACCGCAAGGCCGCCAACGGGGAGGCCGUCGACUCGGCCGCUCUGGACCCGUCCUUCGCCGCGCUGCUCAGCGAGGCGGGGGUGACACUGGAGGAGCCGCCCGUGGACGACCUGCUCACGCUCCUCAAGUCCUACUUCGCCUCCAACGCCAACCCCGGCGAGGCGGAGCUGGCAAAGAUCUCGGAGUCGGCCAGCAUCCACGUGGACGUGGUCAGGAAGUGGUUCGCGAAGAUGAACUCCGGGAGCAAGGCGGGGAAACGCCGCGAAAAAGACACGGCGGUUUCAGAGACGGCGGAGGCCACGAAAUGCAGCUCGCAGGACGCCGCGGAUCGGAACGGGCCGGCAGAGGAAAACGGCUCCCACAACGACAAAGCCUCCUCGGAUUCGGGCGGCGGUUCCACGGCGGACUCCUCGCCACGGAGCCUCAGCGCCGGGGACCUCGUCAUCAUCAAGAGCGAACCGGAAGACCCCGAGUCUGCGGACUCUCAGGCCGAGCCCCUCGACCUCUCCCUCCCGAAGCACACCGCGGCGGCGGAGACGGCCGCGCCGCCCCCCAAGCAGCAGGAGCAGCCGCUCAACCUGACCUGCCUGAGGAAGGAGCAGCUGGGGGGUCGAACCAUCUACGUCACCACGCCCCAGACCGGGAGGUCCGUCAGAAUCAUCACCGCCGCGCAGCUGCCCACGUUAGUGGCCAUCGCCGGUCAGGGCACCUUGAGCUGUCUCAACACCACGGCGAAACGCACCAUCCUCAUCCCCCAGCUCACCUACAGCUACGCCAGCACGGCCGGCGGCGCCACCGGAGCAAAGACCGUCGUGCUGAACGGCCACAAGUUGCAGCAGGAGAAGAAGUCGGACAGCAGCUCUAACGGCGGCUCACCGACGGAGGACCAGAACGACUCGGACUCGGCGUCGCUGACGAAGAAGCGGCGGCUAGAAAACGGCGUCUACCCGUGUGACCUUUGCUUCAAAGUCUUCCAGAAGGGCAGCUCUCUGCUGCGGCACAAAUACGAACACACAGGAAAACGGCCCCACGAGUGCAACGUCUGCAUGAAGGCCUUCAAACACAAACACCACCUGAUCGAGCACUCCAGGCUGCACUCCGGGGAGAAACCCUACCAGUGCGACAAGUGCGGGAAGCGCUUCUCCCACUCGGGCUCCUACUCCCAGCACAUGAACCACCGCUACUCGUACUGCAAGAAGGACGGACCGAGCUCCGGCUCCGGCUCGGCGCCCCGCGAGGCCCAGUCCGAGCUCGGCAGCCCCGGUGCCGGACUACAGUCGGACAGUCGGACCACGACGCCGCCCUCCCAACUGGACUCUGACGAGAGGGAGAGCGAGGAAGAGGAGCAGGACGAGGACGACGAGGCCAUGUGCAUGGACGACAUCCGGGUGGUGCAGGUGGACGACGGCGACUGCGAGAUCUACGAGGGCAACUUCGAGGAUGAGGAGGAGGAGGAGGAGGAGGAGGGGGAGGAGGGGGAGGAGAUCGCGGAGGAAGACGCAACAGGGGAAGAUCACGCAGAGGUGGAGGAAGUUGUGGAGGAAGACGAGACUGGUGAGGACGAGGCAGAGGAAUUUGCGGAGGAAGAUGCGGCAGGAGAGGAAGAGGAGAAUGUGGAGGAAGGCGCGACACGAGAGGAAGAGGGGGAGGAUGUCGUGGAGGAAGACGCGGCAGGAGAGGAAGAGGAGAUCAUGGAGGAAGACGCGCCCGGAGAGGAAGAGGAGAUCAUGGAGGAAGACGCGGCCGGAGAGGAAGAGGAGAUCAUGGAGGAAGACGCGGCAGGAGGGAAAGAGGAGAUGAUGGAGGAAGACGCGGCAGGAGGGGAAGAGGCGAAUGAGGUCAUGGAGGAAGACGCCAAAGGUGAAGAGGAGGCCGAGGCAGAGGAGGUGGUGUCCGAGGGGGUCGCGUGUGACGUCCCGCGGGUGGAGGUCGGGGACGAUCGCAAGCAAGAGAUGGAAGCGACAACUGGAGAGAAGAAGGAAGCGGCGGGCGCGGAGGAAACGCCAGACUGUGAAGCAAACACGGACAAAAGCGGCGCGGAGGAGUCAGCGGGCGCCGAAGCCACAGAGGAAGUGGCGACAGGCGGCGAAUGAAGGAUUGGGAAAUCUCCCGGUUGAUGAACCGGAGUGAAUAAAGACAAAGCCGCAGACGGGUCGAGGAGUCCCGGUGGUUGCCUGAUCUUUACGGUCCACUACUGUGUACAAACACCCAGGUGUGCCUGAACUCGACAAAGAGAAAAACAGAAUUUUUUCCUUUUUUUUUCUUGUGGAGAUAAAAUAUCAGUGUUAAAAAUUGUUUAUAGAAGUACAGAUUUUAAAGCAGGACCCCCCCCCCAGUCGACCUGCUGAGCCGUCAGCGGCUCCUUUUCCUCUUUUCAGUUUUGUCAGUGUUACUAAUCUUGUUUUAUUGUUUGAAAAACGUUUUAAUGUGUAAAGAUGAGAAGAAUUUCUAUACCUUUUUAUCGCCAAUGAAGUUUCCUAUAUCAGUAUUUUAUUGAGUUCUACGAACAACAACCUCUGCACUACAGUAUUCCUGGUUUACCGGCGGAUACGCGCCUCACGCAUCCUACGCCGCUCAGUGUUACGCGCUCGCUAGCUAGCUAGCGACAAGUCCGCGCCAGUGUUGGUCUUUGCUAGCUAGCAUUGCUUUGGUUUUUCAGUUUGACUUUUAGCCUUAAAGAAAUCGAAGUAUUCUUGGGGGGGCUUUGGAGGGAGCGGGGGGGGAGGCGGGGUUGUGGGCGGGGUUGUGGGCGGGGCGUGAAGCUGCCUCCUGUGCAACCAAACAUGUCCUUUCAGGGAUGAUCUCGCCGGAGCUUCUUCUUCUUCUUCUUUUGGUUCCCAGCCGGUGUUUCGGUGUCAGCUUGUGCCCCCCCUCACCCUCCCCGCCCCCCAAUCCUCUCCCCCCCCUCACCAAUGCCUCCAGCCUUAUGCAAGACCUGUGUGCUGUUAAAAGUGCCAUUGAACAGUGUUAUGGUUUCCUCUCCACACACGUAGCCCCGUUACGUCCCUCUGGUGCCCACGUUGACUUCUUGCCACGAUUGCGAGAAGAAGCUUCCUGCUGUGAGAAGGCCGCCAGCUCAUCAGCAGAGCAACCAACCAUCAACCGACUGAUGGGUGAGAUGUGUUGAGAGAUGAAUAUGUAUUUUGAUGCGGAGGAGUUGUUGCCAGUUACUGCGGAAGUUCAGUUGAAAGCGGCGCGAUUGCGCGAAGCGAAAUGAAAUGUACACGUACAACGCGACACGAUCAGCUUCCUGCGGACGUUCAAACACUUCUUCUUUUUUUUUUUUUACUGCAAGUUAAUGUGUUUUUAAGUCAUGAGUUGUAAAAAUGUUUACACCAGAGCUUAAAGAAAAAAAGAAAAUGUUCUGUUAAAGCAGACGGGAGUAUUCAAAGCUAAAAACACGCAGGGAAUGUGAUCCGGCUCUCUGGAAGAAAUCUGAAGAAUGCGACGUAAAGAUUUGAAAUUUUGCCAAACUUGUGCACUUGUUCUCAGAGGAGAAAACAAAAAGAGGAUUAGUGGCUUCAGGUAACAAACGUUAGUGAACGUGCUCUCUUUUACCAAACAGUGUUUAUGAUAUUAGUUUGUGGCAUCGUGUUUUUUUGUUUGUUUCUUUCCAACAUGGCAGUAUUAGAACCCUUUCACAGAUAAACAAAAUGUACCUGUUUAGUUUAGAAGACUUUUUUAUAUUUAUGUGUCUUAUUUUUAUAUUUUCUUUUAUGGUUAUUUAUUACACAUUGUAGUGUACAUUACUGUAGUUUGAAUUGAUACGAUAAUAUAUUUUAGUAUGAAAAAUAAUCUCAAGGCAAACAAAAAGAAAAAAAAAAAAACCCAAAAUGUGGUUCUGGGAGUUUGUUUUAACAAAAAAAAAAAGUGUUCUGUAAACAUGACUUCUGUUUUAAGCUUAAAAGAAAUCUGAAAAACGACAGGAAUGAAGCGAGGAAUAGAAACUGUUACGUUAUGUUAUGGAGCUACAGAAUCCACAAACUCCAUUUUGCAAAAGCUCACGUCGUCGUUUUAAUGAAGGAUCUGGAUACGAAGCCUCCCUUUUUAUUCCCGAGCCAAACCGAGGUCGUCCCGCCGCCCGUUUUCUGUUCCGUGCCAACUUGUUCCAUCGUACCGCCGAAGGCCGCAUAGCGUUUGUUCUGUCCUCCUCUGUAAAUCCACUGUCUUUUUCUAUUGUUUGUGUUCCAUUUUUAUGACUCCAUCACAAUAAAAUAUAAGACAGCA